AUGGGAAAAAGCAAAGAUCCAACACAAGGAGUAUUAAGUGUUUUUGAUUUUGUUCAAUCAAGAAAAUAUUAUGGACUUCAAAUUCCAAUUCCUUCUUUAAUUGAAACUUUGGCUUCUUGGUGGACUUUCCAAAGAUAUCAUACAGAUAGAUAUGACCCAAAUGGAUAUAUACAAGGAAGAAAAACUGGAUUACAUUUAAAUUUUAUACCAAAAUAUAAGAUUCAAGUUAAAAGAGAUGUUGAUGGUGGUACAAUUAUUCAAUUAGAUUAUUGGGCAAGAAUUAGAAAGACUGGUAUUGUUGCUGCAUUUGUAACUUAUGGUGUAACUGCAGCAGUCGGUGCUGGUACAUUAUCGUAUCAUGUAUUGGAGGCCAAAUCAUUUUUACAAGCAUUUUGGCAAUGGUUCGAUGGUAGUUACCAAGUUGUUAAAGUUGAAGUUUUAUUAAAUGAAGAGAGAACUGCACUUCAACAAGAAGAUAGAGAUGGCACCAACAAUGUUUCAAAGACAACCACUACAACAAACAAUUAUUACAAUACCUAUACAAAUGGUCAGCAACAACAAGGCUAUGGUCAACAACAGCAACAAGGCUAUCCACCAUAUAAUUCAACUACAAAUAAUACAAAGAAUACUACAAUUAAUAAUGGUCCUCCACCACCAAGACCAUCUCAACCACCGCCACAAAUUAAAUCAGCAGGUGUUGUUUACCCUGUAUCUACAAUGAGUUCACCUGCAACCGUGGUUUAUCCAACCCCACCACCUGUUAUGUCACCACCAGUAGGCACACCACCAACUCCUUCUCAAAUUCCGAUACCACCACCAAAUACAAUUGCCGGUGCAGUUUAUCAUGGUAGAGGAAAUGUAACUACAACAUCGCCAAGCGGAGUUGUUGGUUAUCAAACUACCAUUACAAGUCAUACAACCUCUUCUUAUCCAGUUUCGACUUUGAAUGGAUUAGGAUUUGGUAGUCAUACUCAAGUUGGUCAAAAUAGUGGUACUGGUUACUCUUUUAAUUCUCAACAAUUGGAACAUCAACAACACUCUGGAUCGUCACCAACCAAUAAUAGUGGUGGUUCAAGUAGAUAUAGUAGUGAAAGCUAUUCCUCAUCCUCCUCACAUCCAGGUCAAUAUGGACAUUCACAAUAUGGAUCUCAAUCUCAAUAUGGAAAUUCACAAUAUGGUUCACAAUCACAAUCACAAUCACAAUCACAAUAUGGCUCACAACCAGGAUAUGGUUCUCAAUCACAAUAUGGUUCACAAUCAGGAUAUGGUUCACAAACAGGAUAUGGUAAUAAUAAUUUCUCUGGAGUUCAACAACAAUCAAAUAGUGGUAUUAAUGGAUCAACAAAUCAAUAUGGACAAAGUUCACAAUAUGGUCAAAAUGGUCAACAACAACAGUUUGUUCAAUCUUUAUUUGGUUCUACUCCUGUAACUCCAUCUAGACCAGCUCCAACCCCCUCAACUGCUUCAAUUGAACGUUCAAAUAGUUUUGGUAGUGGUAGUAGUAAUAAUAAUUCACCAAAUGGAGGAUACAAUUCAUCACUACCACCCUAUCCAUCAACUGCUACAACUGUAUCACCAACACCACCACCACCAACAAGUACACCACAAAUGGCUACUACCAAUUCCAACUCAAGUACUACUGGUAGCGGUGACUCGACACCAUAUGGAACCCAUCCAAGUAAUACUGGUAAUGGUCCAUAUGCAACUGGUUCAUACUUGGGUCAUGAACAACCAAAGAAAGAACCAACCGAUUAUGCAUCUUUAAGACAUGGUGGUUUAGGAUAUGGUUAUACCUAUGAUCAUCUUAAAGAAGAACUAAAAAAGAAGAGUGAAAAUUUAAAUAAGACACAAACAAAUCAAGGUCAUGCUACAAAUUAA